CUCCCACUUCCUUGUGAUUCUGUCCGGGCGCAUCGAAGAUGGCUUUGAGUGUGGAUGGUAGUGGCGACAUCAACCAGCGUCCUAAUUCAUUCACCGAGGCUAUUGUAAAGAAAUAAAGGAUUAUCUUGCGUCGAUAAGUGAAGUCGGAGAGGCGGCAGAAAAAGUAGUCGCGAGUAGCGUUCAUACGCUCGUCGUACUACGGACGGUUCGCUUCCCGGUGCGUGUUUUUUUUUUUUUUUUUGCUCUCCCCCCUGGUUGAUUCCGAUAGCUAACUAACUGACACUUAAACGACAAAUUGUGUAAAUAUUAUCCACAGCUAAGCUAACCUAACCACUGCUGGUUAAAAAAAUGGCCACCAUGGAUAAAUUAAUGAAGGCCUUUGAAUCUCUCAAGUCUUUCCAACAACAACAGGGACCGCCGACGGCCGAGGAGACGGCUCAAAAACAGAAGAAAGAGCUGGCCACCACCAAAAAGGACAGAGUGGCCCACUGCAUGACCAUAUGUGAGAACAUCAUAGCCCAGUCUCUGAGAACGUCUCCGGAGUUCCAGAAGCUUCUGGGCAUCGCCAUGGAGAUGUUCUUGCUGUGCAGCGACGACAGAGAGUCGGACGUCAGGAUGGUGGCAGACGAGUGCCUGAACAAAAUCAUCAAAGCGCUGAUGGACUCCAACCUGCCCAGACUGCAGCUGGAGCUCUACAAAGAAAUUAAAAAGAACGGUGCCUCUCGGAGCCUGAGGGCUGCUCUCUGGAGAUUCGCUGAGCUAGCACACCUCGUCAGACCACAGAAAUGCAGACCGUACCUGGUGAACCUCCUCCCCUGUCUGACCAGGAUCACGAAGAGACAGGAGGAGACUGUCCAGGAGACUCUGUCUGCUGCCGUGCCUAAGAUCAUGACUGCUCUGGGACACUUCGCUAACGACGGAGAGGUCAAGGUGUUGCUGAAGUCGUUUGUGGCCAACCUGAAGUCCACUUCUCCUACGAUCCGUCGGACGGCCGCCAGCUCAGCGGCGAGUGUUUGUCAACACUCGAGACGGGCCUCCUACUUCUACACCUGGCUGCUUAACGUCCUGCUGGGUCUGUUGGUCCCUGUCGAUGAGGAACAUCCUAACCACCUGGUCCUGGGGGUGUUGUUAACCCUUCGUUACCUGAUGCCUCAACUACAGCAACAGGACAGGACCACCAGCCUGAAAGGAAGCUUCGGAGUCAUGAGGAAGGAGGCAGACUUACAGCCCACGCCUGAACAGCUACUGCAAGUCUAUGAGUUGACUCUCCACUACAGCCAGCAUGGCGACCACAACGUGGUGACUGCCUCUCUGGAACUGAUGCAGCAGAUGUUCCGGACUCCUCCCCCGGAGCUACUGCACAUGCUCAUUACGCCCGGCAGCGUUACGCACGCCAGCGUGUUCCGACGGGACGUGGAGAGACGCGCCCACUCCGGCAGCAUCCUGGAGUUCAUUGCCGGGGGCGGGUCUUCCUGUAAUAGUCCACUCCUCCUCAGAAAACAGAAAGGCAAGAUGCUGUCGGGGGAGGAGGAGGGGUUAGAGGACGACCCUGAGAGGGCAGAGGUCACCACCGGGGCCUUUACAGCCUCUGUCGCGGGCGCCGACCCCACCGCCCAGGUGGUCGACAUCAUUACCCAGCAGCCCCGCUCCUCACAGCAUGCUCUGCAGCCCGGCGACUCUGUGGACCUCGGUGGCGCCUCCUCGGAACAAGGAACGACUGCCCUCGGGACCUCCGGCGGUGAGGGAGGGGCGGGGACUCCCGAGUCGCCCAAUGACAACGCAGAGGACGAGGACAUGCUCAGCCACAGCUCCAGCGGGGCUAACGUUACCCCGGAAACGGCCGACUACGCCACACCGGAGAACGCGGAGAUGCCCGACGGGCCCCUGCUGGACCCCCUGGGAGACCCCUCGCUGCCCCCGAGCGCCGACUCGUCGCAGACCACAGAGGGGCCGGACUCGGCCGUCACGCCUUCAGACGUUGCUGAACUCGUGUUGGACACCAGUGAGAGUCUGUAUUCAGGGAUGCAGAUUGGAACUUUACAGGAUGAGGAAGAAGAGGGAGCCGUACCUUCAUCACACCCUGAACCCUUCUCCCAGUCCGCACUGGCUCUGAGUAGACCCCACCUCCUAGAGGGCAGAGGUCACAACAGACAGGCGUCAGACAGCAGUGUGGAUCACUUCAUACCAAAGGAGGAACCAGCGGAGACCACAGAGCUGGAGAACAAG